UUAAUUAUUUUAUUCCACUGUUAUUCUCCGUUCUCUUUCCAGCCUUUUUCAAUUACCACUGUCUAAAGAGGAGUUGCGGGUAAAGAGGACUUUAGCUUCACAGCUUUGUGGCUCCAAUGAGCUUUCCCCAAUGAGCACAUAUGUUCGCACUGCCAAUGUGGCCGUGUGCUUGAUUUAUAUCUUGCAUAUUUUAAUUGUCUUUUCACUUUGUAAUAUAUGCGCAUAUGGCCCUGGCAGCUCAUCUGAGUUUGUCAUUGUCGGUGUUUCAAAAGAAAACAAAAGCUCACUGGCAUUGGGGAAGGGUAACCUUGUCUUCUAUUUCAUAUACUUUUACUUCACUGCACAUAUUUAUUGCAUGUCCAAUGUUUCUCAUGUUCGUCUCUGUUCCGACAACACAGUCAUUUAUGGAGAAUUUUGCAGUCGAAUAUUUAAUCAUGUAGCGGGGAGCUGAUCAGUUCACAAGAAAUGUGAAGGUAAUGAAAGGAAACUUAUUCAUAUCUUC